AUGAAACCCUCCAACUUAAACUUAGGUGAGGGAACCUGGCUCUGUGAAAUUGCCAUCUGGACACAGUGGUGGCAUCGGGGACAACUUUCCGCGCAAGGUGCAGCGCUGUACACCUAUGCGGAUGUCGGGAAGUUUGUGCGUUUGGUGAUAGAGACGGGCGGCUUCUGCUACUUGUACCUGCGUACAGUUGGCAUUCUAAUGGCCGCAGUUAUGGAAAACAUGAUGAGCGAGGAUAAUGAGAAUGACCUCUCCAUUGAUGAGGCCAAGCCGCCUCGGGGAAAUGUCACCUUCAAGCUUGAGUUCUCUGCUCUGCAUCAGGCGCGACAGGUGGCGGUUUGUGAUCGGGCAUUGCACUUCCAACAGUUUGCGCGUGUCUCGCUUGCUCGAGCGAUGCGAGUGCGUGAAGACAACGAGACUGAUGUGAGUUUGAAAGACCUGUUGGAUGCUAACGUGACAUCAUGGCCCGCAAGUGCAGCUGUAAUGUACAACCAACUCGGCUUGGAUUUGGAGAAUGCCUGGGCAACAUACAGGAGUCAAUGUCUGGCCCUCCGUGCAAUCUGUAGACUGGUCAGUACCGAUGAUGGAAGCCCAUAUUUUUUCACCAUCAGUCGACCUGGCUUCGGUCUGGCAUGUUUCAUCACUGUGGCCACAGUGCAGCCUGCACAUGCGAACGCUGCCCGGUUCACAGAGCUCCAGAUGAAGGAUCCUUGGGCUGAAUACGGCCCCUCAGAGAUUGAGCAGCUCCGCGAGGAUCAUGCGGCGCGAAUUCAGGAGAUGCGGGAACGUGCUCAGCACCGCGAGGAGGAAUUUCGGGAGGAAAUCGCUGCGGCCUACAGUCGUGAAAGCGAGGCAGAUCGUGCCCGAGAGGCUGCUGAGGCCCAACUCCGGCGGUGCAAGGAGGAGCUGGCUGCCGCACGUCUCGAGCUCACCCGCCAGAGGAAUGAUGAUGCGCCAAAGGCAGCUGUGGAGGCCAAGACUGAUUGCAUCCGGCGGUCACUUGUGGCCUCUGGAGGCCUUCGCAAGGCCCUGGAUGCCACCGAUGCAGAAGGCCGCGUCUCGCGAUGCCUGGAACUCGCCAAAGCCAACAAGGCGCCAUGA